AAAAUUGUCAAGGCCGGGUGGUGGGUGGUCAGUUGCAUUUGCAGCCAUCACCGUACGUAAGCUUUUCUCUGUUGUGCAGUUAUACUCUCGAGCCUUUGCAAAUCGUCUGAACACUUUAAACUAUGGAUGAAGAUGGAAGGGCUUAUCCGGGUAUGGAUCCUACUACAAUUUCAGUAUUAAAAGCUGCUAGUAUAAGCGCAGACAUGCUUCCUAGUCUCUCCAAGGAGGACUUGCGUGAUCUCUUUCCGGGGCCUGAGCAGUUCUUCAGAAGGAAAGACAUUUGGAGAAUUUCACAUGAUGAAAAUGAGGGUGAAGAGUCAGGUCAGCUUAGACCAGGCACCUCCUCUGGAACCUGUGAUUCCAGCCCUGUUCCCUCAACCCCAUUGUCCUCCUCAUCCUCCUCCACCCCUCUCCUCUCUUCUUACCCAAGAAACCAACAUGGUAACAGCAGAACCGUACAACUUGUAAGCCCACAGUAUGUUGUAUACACAGACACCGAGCUGGAGCAGUCAAGAAGUGUAUUUUUUGAGAAACAGCGGGCUGGACAAGAAGGAAACUAUACACUCUCCAAAGAUCUUCGUUGUCGCCUAAUAAGGAAUACGGUAACAAGCAUGAUUGCCAUCAAGAGAGCUGCAAGGGAUGACUUCCAGUAUCCAUGCAUCCGUGAACUAUCUGUAAUGGCUAAGCGUCUCAUAGAGUACUACCCAAUGUUGCAGGACAAAUCUCCAGCCGGUGGAGCUGAGUGGGAAUCUGUGAAAAAGCAGCUUUUGAAGAGGGUCCAGAAUGUGACAACCCCCAAAAAGAAGCAGGGAGCGACUCCUUUGAGAAAGAGGCGUUGGGCCCUUAGCUUUGAGAGCAGCAGUCAGGAAACAUUUACUGAUGACACUGAUGAGUCCACUGCUUCAACUUUGAUCUUGGAAAGACCAAGAUGCAGUUCCCCGGAGGCUGAACAGGUGGAUGGAUCUGAAACUACUACUGAUAGCACACAGAACCAGGCAAGACAUUACAAACUUCUUCAGGAGCUGUACAAAUCCAAGCUCAGACCGAAUAAGAAAGAUGUUGCCCAACUGUUGGACCUUGAGUACCAAGCAAGACGGAAAUUCAUCGACUCUGAUGCUCUUAGGGAGCAGGACAGGCCUACCAAGAUUCUUCAAGCAUAUCCCUGCUUCAGAGAACUGGAUCAUGUAAUGGAUGAACUCUGGAGGAUCCUCAGUCAGGAAAACGCUCACUACUUGUCUGAACUAAAGAACCGCUGGGAAACCUUUUUUGAGACGGCACAGUUUUAUGGAGUUUUUAAAAAAGUAAUGAGGCCUCCGUUGUCAGAUAAAGUAAAGCAAUCUGUUGCCGUGAUUAAGGCUUUGCCAGACUUGUUCCCAUCACCUGUGGCUCACAAGAAAUUAAGACAUGCAAGUGCGGCUAUGCUUCACAUCCUUAAGUCUGCAGAAGACCCCAACACCUUUCUUCAGGCAAGACCACUCUCCAGCCCUGUUGUGAUUGUCUGUGAAACCAACUGCAUACUGGCCAUUGGAACCAUGCCUGUGCUGACCUUCCCAAAGGAAAACCUCUCUGUCAGUGUGAUGUACAUUCUUGCAUGUUACUACACCUUUCACCUUACAUAUCCCAAGUGCAUUGCCACACUCCUCUCUGUGCUGCAGACAGAAGUCCUCAUGGACUCCAUCCAUGACCGAGAUAUGACUUUGUCAUAUAAAAAAGCUAUGGCUGAGUGGAAGACGUUCAUUGCCGAAUAGGCUUGAACAUUAGUAAUAACGUAGAUGCCUGACCCCAAUACAAUGUUUUGGAGGAGCUGUUGUUGUUUUUUCAGCCUCCCAGAAAAUGUAUGACGUUUCUCUGUCAAAUAAUACUGUUUAAUUUUGCC